AUGGCCACUGGGUUCUCGGCGACGCCUCGCAAAGAAGGCACCUGGACGAAACUUGUGAUCUUCAUUGCGCUCUACGUCUUAAUCCUCGAAUCAAUCCUGCAAUGGGUACUAGUCCUGUAUCUUUACGGCAAUGCUCAAGUGGACCAUAAGAUUACCUUGAGUGUGGUCUUAUCUCUGGUCGCGUCUUUCCUUUCGGUGCCCCUCGUUACUCUUCAGAGCCUUGUCGCCUGGCAGUACAACAAGAUCGGCGGCUUUGGGACACAAAAGACUGUCUUGCAUAAUGCCUGUACUUACGUUCUACGGCUGGACCUCAUGGCUUGGCUGGCUACGAGUGUCGCAGGUCUAGUUGUUGCGGCCCAACAAGUUUACUGUUUGCCCGUGGGAUCAGAUGGUGGUUUUUGGCGAGUCGGUGUCAGCUGUGCCUUUCACCGGUCAUCAGUGAUUGUGUCCGUUGUAUCAUUAGUCACUGUCUGCACCCUCUACUGUGCCAGGGAGUUGUGCGAUCGACCAUACGACGUCUCACUACUCGGAAUCUACAGGCGCCAAUUUAUCUCAAACGGCAGCAUUCUGUCUGGUCAUAGCUGGGACAGUGACGAAACCCUCAAAAGCGAGAUCCUCACCUUGUGUCGCCAACAUGACGGUAAAUCCGGGGGAGAUUCUUGGUCCAUCGACCCUUUGGCCGAUAAAGUGAAGUGUCAUCCCAGCAUCCGACACCCAGCCCCAGUUCGCGUGCGGCCUCUCCUCCGAGUCAACACCGGCCGUGAGUCUGAGCAUGGAGAGAUCACGUCCGGCAUGACAUGGUCACCGGAGGACACCGUCCCCCGUGCCUCUCCCGGGGGUCAGAGCACAGCCAGCGAGUUCCAUCCAAUCUCGCGCACGUCAACUGUGAUGACCUCACAAACUGCCUGCGAGUCACGAGGACUCGUUUCGGGCUGGUCCAUCCCGAAGGUCCCAGCAAUCCCCGAGCAUUUCAGCAACCACAAGAGACAGAAGUCUUCCCUGUCUUCCCUUCGACGAUUUCUUCCCAAGUCCUUCCCUCUAUCACUGCCAUUGUCAGCCGAUCCGCAGAUUCGUGCUCUCGCCGAUCCGAACACUGCUUCGGAUGUCGAGAAGCAGGUCGUGACACCCACCAAUCCACUUAAGGCUCAUCCCCCAACCACCGAGCAAUCCUCCCAAACUGAAGGCCCCGGGCCCAUUGAUCAAAAAAGCCAGUCCACCACCGUUCUCCCUGACGAGCACGGCCGAACCAUGACCAUGAACUCUGCCGAUGCUCCUGAGGUGGUACCCGACCAGUCGCCCAAGGUCCGUCGAUCCCAGACGGCAUGCCUUGCACCUCAUCCCCGCUCCAUCCACCAUCCUCACCACCCCAACUAUGUUCCGGUCCCAGCCCCGGCCAAUCCUCGGACAUACUCUUCGUCCUGCAGACAGCUGUCGGGGCUUGCCCAGAUGAACCACCACGAGAACAUGCGACGAAGCAGCUCGCGUCCCACAAAUAUCGUGCAGUACCCUGUCCCAGUCCGCAGCGCCACCUACCAGUUUGACUCUUCGCACAUCCCCCGCUAUACCCAGAGCCAAUACCACCCGCACUACAUCCCGCAGCCCACUCGCGGGAGCAGCCAACGGCGCUUCGAUCCCAGCCGGACCAUCUCUGUCGUGCCGCGCCGCAACGAUGUCGAAAUCAUUUACCCCAGCACCCGUCGAUCGCGCAGCAGCACCUAUGGUGCAGUUGGUGGUCAUCUCAGUUGCAUCCUCGAGUCCACCUCUGACCCUCGGGCGUCGGUCGAUGAGACACAACGCGUCUCUGCCGCCCUCUCUGAGGCUCCAUCCAACGUCAUUGACCCCACGACGUACCGCGGUACCAAUCGCACAAGCAUAGGCUUUUAUUAG